AGCAGGGGGCAGCAGCAGCAGCUCGAGAGUCUCAUUAUUUCUACUUCCGGUGGCGGAAUUUCCUUCCUUUCUGAUUGUGCUCAGUGAAGAGACGCUGUAAGACAUGGCUCCCCGUAAAGGCAAGGAGAAGAAGGAGGAGCAGGUGAUCAGCCUGGGCCCGCAGGUGGCUGAGGGAGAGAACGUGUUUGGCGUCUGCCACAUCUUCGCCUCCUUCAACGACACCUUCGUCCACGUCACCGACCUCUCCGGGAAGGAGACGAUCUGCCGCGUGACGGGCGGCAUGAAGGUGAAAGCGGACAGAGACGAGUCGUCGCCGUACGCCGCCAUGUUGGCGGCUCAGGACGUGGCGCAGCGCUGCAAGGAGCUGGGCAUCACGGCGCUGCAUAUCAAGCUGAGGGCCACCGGAGGGAACAGGACAAAGACUCCUGGACCCGGAGCCCAGUCUGCACUCAGAGCUCUGGCCCGGUCCGGCAUGAAGAUCGGACGCAUCGAGGACGUCACUCCGAUCCCGUCAGACUCUACCAGGAGGAAGGGCGGUCGCCGUGGUCGCCGUCUGUAAACAGCUGCUGGAAUUUCACAAUAAAAGCUUAUGUUUAACUCUUGA